AGUCUCUACCAACCUCAGAUCAUCAUCAUCAUCCUUCUUCUUCUUCGCUUUUCUCUCUGUUUGCUCUGCGCAACCUUAUCGGACUACACAAUAUGAGGCGGAAUUGCAACUUGGAGCUUCGUCUUUUUCCUUCGUUUGAGACCAGUCACCUCCGUGACACUUCGACGGAACCAGAUAGUGAAAGCCCGCAGCAAAAUCUGCAGAAGCUCACCAUUUUCUAUGACGGGAAGAUGUGUGUUUGCGAUGUCACUGAAUUUCAGGCGAGAUCGAUCUUGAUGCUUGCAAAUAGAGAAAUGAAGGAAAGAGCAAGGACACCAAACGGGUCAUCGGAGCCAUGUUCACCAAAUACAGUGCCAUUGUACAGCCCAGGUGGUGGUCUUUCUAUGAAAAGAUCGCUCCAAAAUUUCCUCCAGAAGAGAAAGAACCGAAUCCUCGAAGCUUCCCCCUACCAUCACUAGCCAACUCAUCAGUUUAAGGAGACACAAUUUUUCAUUUGUUGAUGUCCGACAGAUAUAGAGUUCAUUACUUUUUGGCCGAUGUAUCCAUUGGCCCUUGAAAGGCCCUGUAAAUUAUAUAUGUAUGGCGUUAUAUUUUGUAGCUCAAUCUGGUGUUGAAGUUACUGAAUUUCUUGAUUGACAUCAAGUUUAUCUC